AUGAUGCCCUUCCUGCCGCUGCUGGUGCUCUUGGCUGGCAUUACGUUGCUGAUUUCCCGUCGUCGAUACAAGGCAACCCCGGGCAAAGAAAGUCCCAGAGUGAUUGUUGGAGGCCAUACAUAUUCCGAGAGCGUCGGAGAUGGACAGUCUUCGGUGCGCGAGGGGAAGAUCGAAUCUGUUCGCAGUGCUUGUAUCAUCGGUGCUGGACAUAUCGGAGCAUUGACGGCGAUUGUUCUCGCUUGUCAGAAUCCCCAUGUACAAUUCCAUGUCGUUGAUGGCGAUCCGCGGCUGAUCACAGCGUGGAAUUCGGAUCGCUUGCCGGUCUUUGAACCUGGCCUGGAUGAGCUCGUCUUUGAGAAGGAUCACAUCGUGGCAUCGGAAAGGCCAAAAAAGCAAGAUUGCAUUGAUAAGCAAGCGGAUAACGAGCUUGAAAUACAUCAAUCGGUCGUGCGUCAGCCUCGAAUACGAAAACUGCGUAAUAUCACUUUCUCAACCAACAUCCACGCGGGAAUAGCGGCAUCGGAUAUCAUCUUUCUUUGUGUGGAUCCUCCUCUGGACAACGUAAGCUUGUCUCAUCCUCAAUCGGCAAUCCAUACUAAUUUCCAGUCAUCUGAUGACGAGACCCCUGGCCUCGACCUGACCAACCUGAAGACCGCCAUCCGGGCGAUCGCCCAAGUCUCAGCCGGACACAAGGUCAUCGUCCACCGGGGCACAGGGCCAGCCGGAAUCGUCCUGCAGAUCAAGAAAAUGCUCAAGAAAACCGCCUCCCCAUCCGCCUCCUUCGAAGUUCUUUCCAACCCCGAGUUUCUGGUCCCGGGAACGGCCAUUCGCGACCUUCUCUAUCCGGCUCGAAUCAUCAUCGGCCACAUCUUUUCAGAGGAUAUGUCGCCCGAGGCACUAACUGCCCUGAAAGGACUGUACGCUCCUUGGGUUCCGGAGGACCGCAUCGUCACCAUGGACGCCUGGUCGUCGGAGUUGGGUAAGGUCGCUGCCAGUGCAAUGCUGGCGCAGCAGACAAGCAGCAUACAGUCUCUCCGCGCGAUUUGCGAGUCCACAAAGGCAAAUAUCACGCAUAUCGAGCAGACUGUAGGAGCACUUUUUCCGACUGGUUUUGGGCUCGGUGGAUCGAGCUUCCACAGGGAUGUUGGCUGUUUGGUUUAUUUGGCGCGGGAGCUGGGGUUACCAGAGGUGGCAGAGUACUGGAGGGGAGUACUGAAGAUGAACCAGUACCAGAUACGGCGCCUUGCUCAUCGAAUCAACGACAGUCUACCCAGAGGACCAGAGCGGAGGGAUGUCGCUCUCCUUGGGUUCGCUAGCAAGUGCAACACGAUCGAGAUUCGGAAUACAAGCGCGACGCAGCUGGUGCAGGAAUUGACACGUUCCGGUGUUAAGGUGGACAUCUACGAUUCGCAUGUACCAAAGGAACAGAUUGAGAGAGCGCUAGGCCUUGUGAGCGGUCAUCUGGAUGCUGUCACGGUCGUGCAGGACCCGCACUCGGCCUGUUCUGGCUGCAGUGCGGUCGUCCUGCACACUGAUUGGGAUGAAUUCAAAGAUGAUCGGCUAGACUGGGAGAAGAUUGCGGAGCGGAUGGAGUCACCCAAAAUGCUUUUUGAUCCUCAUGGGAUGCUUGAUUGGCAGAGGAUGCAGAAGCUUGGGUUCAAAGUGCUCCGACCAGGAGUCAAUUGUGACAACAGACUUCAAACAUGA